AUGGAAAAACAAAUACGAAGGUAUGUCUCAACAUCCUUUCAAGUCAUUGCGGUUUUGUACACAGUGUCGGCUGUUACUCACUAUUCGAUACCGGAAGAAAUGGAGGAGGGAUCUGUUGUUUCGAACCUUGCAGUCGAUUUAGGACUUGAUCUGAAAACACUGAGCACUAGAAGGAUACGCCUAGAUGUGGUUGCUAAUAAGAAAUACUUGGAUGUUAACAAGGAAACGGGAGAGCUUUACAUAGUGAAUAAAAUGGAUAGGGAGCAAUUAUGCAACGUCAAAACAGCUACAUGCAUUUUGAAACUGGAUGCCAUUAUUGAAAAUCCAAUAAGAAUGUUUAAUAUUGAACUGGAGAUUAUAGACACAAAUGAUAAUUCACCACACUUUCGGAGGGACACCAUUCAUCUUGAUAUAUCUGAAUCGACUCCAGUAGGAGAAAAGUUUUCUUUGACCAAUGCUGUUGACCCUGACGUUGGUUCAAACUCUAUUAAAACCUACUACCUCAGCGAAAGUGACCACUUUAAAAUUGAUAUACAAACAGGACGGGAUGGAUCAAAAUUCCCUGAUUUAAUUUUGAAAAGGGCACUUGACCGUGAGGAACAGGCUGUACAUAAUCUGAUACUAACUGCUAUUGAUGGUGGAGUUCCCGCCCGCUCUGGAACAGCCAACAUUAUUGUUCGUGUACUGGAUACAAACGACAAUGCACCACAGUUUGACAAAGACAGUUACACCAUAAAUGUAAUGGAAAAUUUGCCCAUAGGAAGCCUUGUAAUCAAAUUAAAUGCAACAGAUAAAGACGAGGGAAAUAAUUCUGAUAUCGAGUACUUAUUUAGUAUCUAUACUUCAGAGAAAACAAAAGCGACGUUUGGAUUAAACUCAGAUAGUGGGGAGAUAAGAGUUAAAGAGAUGAUUAAUUAUGAGGAUUUUAGAAUUUAUGAUGCAGAAAUAAUCGCUAAAGAUAAAGCUGCUAAUUCAUUGUCUGGGAAAUGCAAAGUAACUAUACAGAUUAAUGAUAUGAAUGACAAUCAUCCAGAACUUUCUAUUAAAUCGUUUUCCAGCCCAAUUAAAGAAGAUGUGGCUAUAAAUACAGUUAUAGCAGUAAUUAGUGCAAGUGAUAAAGAUUCGGGAGAAAAUGGUCAGAUUGAUGUUCACAUUUGUGAUAAAUUACCUUUUGCACUUAGAGAAAUAUCCAACAAUUACUAUGAGCUUGUUGUAUCUCAACCUUUGGAUCGUGAAAAGGUUCCAGAAUAUGAUAUAACAUUUACCGUUACUGACCGAGGAAACCCUCCUUUAUCUGAUAAUGAAACAAUAACACUUGAACUGCUCGACGUUAACGAUAACUUUCCACAGUUUCAUCAAUCCUUUUAUAAAAUACAAGUAAUAGAAAAUAAUGCCCCUGGUGCGUUGUUGAGUUCUUUAACUGCUAUCGAUCCCGACCUCCAUGAAAAUCAAUAUUUAGUUUAUUUCAUAAUUGAAAAAGAAAUACAAAACACAUCCAUGUCCAUGCUUUUUUCUAUUAACCCAGAGAACGGCAACCUUUACGCACUUAAAACGUUUGAUUAUGAGAUAGAAAAAGAAUUUCUUUUUCACAUCGAAACCAGAGAUUCAGGUGUCCCUCCACUCUGCAGUAACGUGACCGUUCACAUUAUUAUCAUGGACCAGAAUGACAACACACCAGUUAUAGUGUCUCCAUGGCGAGCGCACGGCUCAGUGGUGGAAGAAAGAAUACCACGAUCCACUGAUAAAGGAACUUUGAUAGCCAAAGUUAUUGCUAUUGACACAGAUUCUGUGCACAACUCUCGUAUUACCUACCAGUUUCUUCAGAAUACUGACGCUUCGUUAUUUACUUUGGACCAGUACAAUGGAGAGAUCCGGACCAUGAGGAUGUUCAGUUACAGAGACUCACGCCACCAACGGCUAGUGGUGAUCGCCAAAGACAAUGGAGAACCCUCUCUUUCUUCUACAGUCACAAUCAAGCUGUCUACAGUGGAGACUGCGCUUAAAACAUAUGCUGACAUGACUAAAGUUCCAUUAGAAAAUGAUAUAUUCUCUGACCUAAACCUUUACCUUGUUAUUGGACUGGGCUCGGUUUUAUUUCUGUUGCUGAUAACCAUAUUUGUGACCAUUGUGCUAAAAUGUCAGAAACCAAAGGCUAGCAAAGCCGCUCCUCCCAGUAGGAACAGUGUGAUCAGUGAGAGAAACUCUACCAUCGCAGAUUCCACCCUGGUCUCCAAUGAUGCCUACUGGUACAGUUUGUUUCUAGCUGAAACAAGGAAAGGAAAACUGGUAGUCAGACAGCCUGUGCCAAAGGGUACGAGAUACACUGUGUCCAGCAUACCAAGGAGCACAGGAAUGACAGAAACUAGUGACUCAGCUGCAUCCACUUUACAGGUAGGAUGA